AUGAGCCAAUUUCCCAUAGAGAUAUGGGAGCAGGUGUUCUCGCUGGCGUGCACAGACGACGGGCAUACUGGUCGAUCUUUAUCUCAAGUCUCAAGGUUUAUUAGGACAGUCUCGGGCCCGUACCGCCUACAAAAUGUUGAGCUCCGCGGGUGGGCUGCGGUACAUCAAUUCAAGGAUAUGCUUGAGGGCACGUCGCCAGCACUCCGUCGCGUGCAUAAUCUGUUCGUUUCCGAUCAUCGCCCACAUAGGACGCUGGACGAGUUUCCCGACUGGUCCCAACUCCAUGUGAAAAGCCUUAUUCGACUCCUCAACCUCUAUUCUUUCCCCAACGAAGACAAGGACAAGAUCUUGAGCAAGGCCAACCCCGAACUUGGGCUGGGAAUUGGGCUGUUGGUACACAUCCGCACGGAGUGCGAGAAUGCGGCCUCUCAGGCGCUUGAACGCGUCUUGCAACUUAUAGCGCCGCAUGUGCAAACUCUUACCGUACCUAUAUCAGCGGGCACGUUUAUCAAUCCCCUUCCUGCAUUAAGUGAGCUCACGGUCGUUCGUGACCCUGAAUCCCGCUUUGCGCCUCCACCUUCGGUUUUCAGGCGCGACCCAAACAUGUCAUUUCCGUUACUACGCCGUCUUCGUCUCGUCCGGUGUUACGAGCUUCUCGUGCGUUUCGUCCAGGCAGGCGCGGCUCCUGCAUUGACUCACAUUUACCUCGACGAUUUCCCGUUUGUUGAUAUGGUCAUAGAAGGGGAAUUUCGGGACGCUCUCACCGCUAUCAUUUAUCCUCUGUCUGCCGAUGACGCUGCCCCGGGUGCCAUUGCAAGCUCUAUCAAUCUUAACUAUGACCCUUGCGUUGAGCACGUCAUGAUGCGCCUUGCUCCUGAUAUGUCACUUAGACUGCUGCCCCAAAUUUUAUGGCAAGAUGAGCGAAAACUGCUUCAGAGCAGCAAGGUGACCUGUCUUCGACCUGACCAUCGACAACCUAGGGGUAGCUAUGUGUGGGACGAUGCGAAGUGUAACUGGCUACAGCAAAUCGCGAGUGGGGAGGGUUGUUGGGAAAUCGAUCCCUCCGAGGUAAUGAAUAUCAGCAGUGAAUUGUAA